AUGAGAACUAAUGGGCACAUAAAAGAGGAUUUGAGCGCGCACCCCGCCAGGAUUUCCGGCGGUUCACCCCGGGAGGGUCGCCAAAUUAAAGCUAGAGACGGCGCCACAGGUGAAUCGCCGGCGGGGCUGCAGGUGAUCGUCCGAGGGACCUUCAACUCCACGCGUCCGUGGAAACCGGCAGAAGUGAGGCGCUUUGCACACAACAAGCACGACUUGAAUAGGACCGUGACAUCCGAGGGGGAUGCUGUCUUACGCUGGGACCCGACCCGCCACCGAAGUAAGAGGAUAAAGUUGAACGGCGGGCUGAGUGGCGGGGGCACGCCGGCGAGUGGACAUCACAAUGCGCCUAAGCCCUCCUCGACGGGAGGUGGGGGCCCCGCAGAGAGAGAUCGACACACGAGGGGCACAAAAGAGGAGAAAGCUUGGAAGAGGGGGAGAACCCGGCUGAACAAAAGCUCCGGGGCUCUGGCUCAGCCUCACGCGUCGCCUUGGGAACCCAUCCCCAAACCCGUGGCCCUCACAUCCACAGACUCCCCCUUUGACAUUUUCACCAGGAGGCCCGAGUUCUUCACAUUCCGGGAGGAGAACCCGUGGGACGCCACCCCAAUCACGCCGCCCGGCUCGCAGGACUUCGGGGACGAGAUCAAGAACCCGUUCUACCCGGUGACCAGCGAGACGUCGGGCGCUUACGCCAUCACCUGCGUCUCCGGGGUGAUCUUCCUGGUGGGCAUCGCGGGCAACGUCGCCAUCCUGUGCAUCGUGUGCCAGAACUACUACAUGAAGAGCAUCUCCAACUCGCUGCUGGCUAACUUGGCCGUGUGGGAUUUUGUGCUCAUCUUGUUCUGCCUGCCCAUGGUGGUCUUCCAUGAGCUGACCAAGUCCUGGCUUCUGGGGGAGUUCACCUGCAGGGUGGUGCCAUACAUGGAGGUGGCCUCCCUGGGCGUGACGACCUUCACCCUCUGCGCGCUUUGCAUCGACCGCUUCCGGGCGGCCACCAAUGUGCAGAUGUACUACGAGAUGAUCGAAAACUGCACCUCCACCACCGCCAAGCUGGCCGUCAUCUGGAUCGGGGCUCUCCUCCUGGCGCUGCCCGAGCUGCUCAUCCGGCAACUGGUGGUCGAAGACCCCGAAAUCCCAGACGAGCCUCCCGUGGAACGUUGCAUCAUCCGGAUCUCCACGUCCCUCCCAGAUAUGCUCUACGUGCUGGGGUUGACCUACGAGGGCGCGCGGCUGUGGUGGUGCUUCGGCUGCUACUUUUGCCUGCCGACCCUCUUCACCAUCGGGUGCUCGCUGGUGACGGCGCGGAAGAUCCGACACGCCGAGCAGGCCAGCGUGCGCAGCAACAAGAAGCAAAUCCGCCUGGAGAGCCAGAUGAACUGCACGGUGGUGGCGCUGGCCAUCGUCUACGGCGCCUGCGUGGUGCCCGAGAACAUCUGCAACAUCGUGUCCGUGUACAUGGCGGCCGGCGUUCCCGAGAACACCAUGUCCAUGCUCCACCUGCUCUCCCAGCUGCUGCUCUUCUGCCGGGCGGCGGUGACCCCCAUGCUGCUCCUGCUGCUGUGCCGCCCGCUGGGCAGGGCCUUUCUGGACUGCUGCUGUUGCUGCUGCUGCAGCCGCACACCCUCCUCCACCACGGCCAGCGACGAUAACGAACACGAGUGCACCACCGAGCUGGAGUUGUCGCCGUUCAGCACAAUCCGCCGGGAGCUGAGCAACUACACGCCGGCUGGAUCUCAUUGCUAAGAUGGAGGUCCGUUUGCCUUAGUCCAAUUGCCAAAUGGGCCCACGAUGGGAGGACAGUCAAAGCUCCGUUUCUUAUCACCCCAGCUCAGCAGAAAGGCAUUCGUGUUUCCCAAAACUGAACUACAGUUCAUGAUUCGCAGCCCUGCGAUAUCACUCUUUUGUUUUUCAUUUUACAGUUGUACGUUGAAUUACAAGGUGCCCCAAGUAAUGAGUUUUUCAAUUUACGAUCCAGUCGCUUCGUGCAGCGAGGCCAAAUGUUAUUUACGUGCAAACUUCAGAGGUGGAAAAUCAAUGAGAGUGACAGUUGUCGACCCACUUUCAUCCGUUUAUUAGAAGGGAUAACCGGGCAAACACACUCGUGCAAAAUGAAAACACUCGCAAGGAGCAAGGCCUGAACACCGAACAAACCGUGUGGUAAAAGACCAACUUGGGCUCAAGUCAGAGUUCCCGAGUGUGUACUCGCCCCCCCCUUUUGACUUUCAACUUAAUUAGACACUUUUAUUUUGUACUAUUAUGUUUUCAUAUUUAUUUUUUCAAUAGUAUUUUUACUUUAUUCAAAAUGUAACACGUUUUUAGGCAGUGAGCUUGGUCACGGAACAACUGAAACCAGUAAGUCAAGGUGCCGCUGUACUCAGCGAGCCCCAACCGCCGAUUCAUUCACUGAAAAGCGGGAGCAAACACACGUACAUGCAGAAGCUGCUGUCGGCCACAGCUCUCACCAAGAUGCUCACUUUAUCGGGCCCCGCCUCUUAAAGGCGCAGUAUUUUCUAAAUAGUUUACGCUUGCAAUAAUUUUGGGUGUUGAAAUACACAUGCAAUGUUUUUCAAGUGUUUUUAAAUACAUUUUAAUACGUUUAAGGCAUACUUUUGAUUAGUUUUACUACGCUCCACUGACUAUUUAUUAACACUGCAAAUUCACUGACUCAGAAGUAAAACAACACCGCCGCCACUCAGUUAAUAUGUGGUCAGCCGCCUAGGACAGAAGUUGGCUAGCGACCCGUCGUUGCAAAACAGACACCGGUUGAAGUGAUGCCGAGCAACCACGUGUCAUUAUGAGACAUCACAUCCAGGCAUUUGCCACUGCCUGAAUGUAUUACAGGACUGUUUACUGUUUACUGUAAAUGUACACGUUGUUAUGCACAUUUCCUCUUAUUUGUGACAGGAGAUUGUUGUGGUCUUAGCUUGCACGUCCUGUUGAAAUCCAACACGAAAGCGGGGUCAGAAUUUGCUUUUUUGUCACAGUUCUUGUUUAGGAUAUCAAUAUAGUCAAUUGUGCAAGUUUACAUCUAUACUGUACAUACAAAACGCAUUACUGUGACUGUGUAACUGGGCUGGUCUCAGAGAAGAGUUAACAGGUGAAAAUAAAAAGGUUCUCAAUGGACUCAUCGAACGGAUUGCGACGGAAUGCGAAACGCACUCAGCAUGGACAACAAGGACUGCUCACUACGCUAUUUGUAUCAUAUUACACCUUGCACUUGGAGCUGUAUUAUACGGAAAAAAAAAACCACUACACUCUCUUUUGGUGCUCUUAUGAUGAAUGCGCUGUAAACAACAAAUCAAUCAGUUCCACAAAAGGAUGGCGAGCAAUUGAGCUGCACACUUCAUUUCUGGUCAAAUAGACAAAUGGGUGGUUAUUUGUGUGAGUGUGGACUGUUCUAACAAUGAGUGUAACGUUUAAAAAAAAAAAAAAGCUACAUUUGAGUAAGUGAUCAGCUAGAGUAGAAUGCUACUACCGCUUGUAAAACAGUACCAAAGGGUUCUAAAAAAAAGUGUAAAAAUCAAUGUGUGUAAUGUACUGUAAAUUUGCAUUCUUAAUCUUGCAGUGGUGACCUAGGGUUGACACAAUUUUGAAAAUAUUGUGGCUUAUUACAAUCAAGACAACUGGGGGGAGCCCAAAAAAGUUCGUUUACAUUUACACAAAAAAAAAAAAAUAGUCGUCCCCUUCAGGCCUUUGAUGAAUUCAAGCGAGAACCCUCUUAAUUUUGAACCAUGUCUCAGCAUUGUCAAAUUCACAGCUGUUAUUUGCAUGAAUCCAAACAAUCGAUUUUGAAGUACAUCUCGCACAAGAUGUAAGAGGAAGCUAAGGCGACGCAUUCCUCCCACGGUCAGCACUUCUUCACACUUUGGAGGAUUAUCGCUCCAUGUCAGAGCAAGAACCCGAUUGAUGAUGGAUAACAUAUAAUCCGAGAUGCUUAAAGUAUCUCACAAAGGUCAGACUGGUCCAUGUAUUUUUUCGUAAUUAGCGAUGGCUUCCUGGGGACGGCUAGCUAUAUAGUUUUCAUCUUAGAUUGACCAAAAUAAAUCAAAACGGGUCUUAUGAUGGUCACGACCCAGGUCCAAUGUUUUUAAAAACUCUGUGUAUCACAAUCAACUCAAUUCUGCACUGCCAAAAAACCUUCCCAUCUGUCUUGUGGUAGCAGCAGGUCGCCGUCCCCAGCACUCGCUCGCGCACGCGAGGUCAGUUUGGCUCUCACGUGGACAAUCCCAAAGGUUGAUCCCGCAGUGCCAUCAACUACCGUGGUGCUACUAUACUGCACGUGCCGCCUGGAGCGCAAAUCAUAUCCCAUUAUUUCAACUCAGAAAUCCGGAUGUUGAGACGAAAGUCAAACUGACCUCGCGAAUUUUCCCGCGAGAAUUUACGCGGCGAGGUGGGGGAGGGGCACGGCAGACUGUAAGUGGCUCGGUGUGUCGUUUUUUUGUCUGGUUCAAAGCUCUUGAUGAAGUGAUUCUUGUGGCAUACGGUAUGUAUUCAAAACUGUGUCCUCUGUCCUUAAUUGGUGGCUGCAAACGUAAGCACAUGCACUGUUGUCUUCAAACCCAUUCACUGGUUUCUAAAUAGCUUUUUUUAUAUAGCCAAAAUUUUGUCUAUCAAAGAAUGGAAACAU